AUGGCAUUCCCGCUCGAUCCUACACAUCUCCGAGCGCAUCUCCGGGCGCUCAUUCUCUCCAAUAAGGAGUCGGAGAACGAAUGUGCGGCCGAGAUCAUCCGGCCGUUGGAACUGGGAUUGUUCCAUAAGAAACUCAACAACAUGUAUUUUCCCGACUUCCGCCCCGUGCUGCCUCCUAUUCCGUAUGACAUUUCGGAGAAAACACCGACGCUCAAGGCUUCCAGCCGGAUGUCUCAUAAACGAGUCUCUUCCAAGGCCAAAAGAAGAGCACGCAAGGAGCGCGAGAGCCAGAAUUUCUCGCACAGAGCGGAUCCGGUGCUGCCGGAGAUCCAGCCAAGACUCCCGACAGAGCUUCUUUCCGAGGCAAAUGACUCCAAUUCGCUGAUAAACACUAUCCCGCUAGAUGCCGUAAGUCCUGUGGACACCGUAGACAAACGCCAGAAGGAGAAACAGAAGGAGAAACGGUCUUCGUUAUCGAAAUUGUUCACGCCGUCAGCAAUUCUUGGUGCUCUGAAGCAACAGGACCCUAAAAGAAAUUCCAUAGAUACUGUUCCCUCAAGCCACCUCGACGCAUUGAGCGGAAAUCACUCUAAUUAUGAUGCAAACUCCCCAGAAGUAGAGACGGACGAGCACCUGAUUCUGGGCUCGUUGGCCACAGCAAAAAACCUUGCUUCAGAUGAGGGAUCCAUAGAGAUCGAGGCCUCUGAUGACAGCACUAUCGAAGGCGCGGACGACUCGAUGAUCACACGUUCAAACAGCUACAACACAGAAAUUUCUCUAGGAUUCUCGGAUUCAGACUCGGACUCAAACUCUAGUUCGGACUCGUCCAGUUUCGAACGUGGUCCUGGAUCACACAGGGAGCUGAACAUGAUGUACAACUACUCGGUGCCCGAGAGCUAUCUCCUAGCUCGCAAUGAUGUUGCCUUUUACAAAGAGGGAAACACAAUCAAUGAUAUGCGAGGCGAUGAUAAAGAAUUACAAACAUCUGAUGCUCAACUGCGAGAGAAACAUGCAACACAAGAUUUACAAUUCGAGAAAGUGCCCACGGUCAACUUGGCAAAGCAACCUAACCAGUCACUACUCAGCUCAAUGAUUAAUUGCAGGCAAGAGGUCAUUAACGAGAACCCGUUAUCGUAUUUCUCUUUUACUAGCCCAGAGUCCGAAAGCGAAGACGGUCCGCAGCAAAGUGAGGUAAGAAAAGCCAGUAUUGAUGUGUUUGUCCCGCCGCGCUCAACACCGGUUUUGAGGAAGGUCUCUGUGGUUACAAGCGUCCGCGUUUUUGAUUGCAUAGGCUAUUUUCUCUCAGAAGUCAUCAAAACUGACGAGUUCAAAGACAUGAAAAAUGAUGCCGAAUUCAUUGAUCCAAACAAUUGGAGAAUGGAGUUGAUCGAUAGUGAUGGUGACUUGUAUGACUCAACCUUCGGUGUUUUAGAUAGAAGCAGGCUUUUAUCCUCUUACAACAGUCCAAAAAACCUAGCCAUCUGCCGUGUGACGAACCAAACAGAAAUCAAGCGGAACGAAAAAGUCACGCCUCUCCCUUCAGAGUUCAAGCAGAAUCUAGAAUUGUUUCAACAGCGCGCAGCUGAUCUUUCUAAAUCUCUUACCAAGCAGACCUUUGAGAAACAAAGCUUGGGUGCGAUUCCAGAUAACUCUGUGGAGGUGCAAGUGAAAGACGUACCGAAUCAAAAGAAGGAACACAUUAAAUUGUUUGUUCCUCCAACAAUGCAAGUGGGUGCAUUGUUUGACAUGAUUUGCAAGCAGUACGAGUUAGAUCAAAGCAGCUACAAACUAGUUGGAGUUGAAACAACGCACAUGCGUGAAAACAUUUUCAUGUCUGAGCUUAUUAGUGACAUAAAGUCACUUGAGGGACACGAAGUGCCCUUAGAAAGCACAUCUAAGAUAGAGGAUCUCGGUAUGUUCAACUUCAAAUUGGUUUCUGCCUCGAAGCAAAUAGUCAAACUGAUGUUGAACAUCGAAACGGGCACAGAGUCUUUGGUUGAAGCUGGAAUUACCCCAGACCCUUCGUCAUACAUCCAAGCCGGAAUCACCCCACCAAGAAACAGAUUUCUGCUUGAAGAGACAGAUACUUCAUUCAACCGCGAAGAAAGACGUGGAAGCCACACAAAGGCAACUGGCACUGGCAAAUCAUACCGAGCUUCUGCAGUUCUGUUUGAGGCACCCAACUUUGACGACCAAUUCAAAAGCAGAGUGCCUGAUAUACCAACCACCAUCAACACCGUCUAUUUCAAAUGGAAAGUUUGGCGCAAGAAGCCUCCUCUCAUCAAUAGGAUAGAGAAGUCAUUAAUCAUUGAUGGUGAAACCAUACAUAUCGCGCCAGCAGACAAUGUCAGUUUGAAAAAACAAAACGACGUUUUGUAUGGAGGCAGCCAGAGUGAAAGCAAACAUCACCACCACCACCUCCAUCACUACAACUACAACAAAUACUACAAUGACACGAUGAUGAAAAUAAGCUCGUUUCCGGUGUCACUGAUCGUGAAACUCAAACACUUCAAAAAGAGCAAGUAUCCAUUGCAAUUCAAGAUUGUAGUGGAGAGGAAACCAGAACCUGGAGGAAAAGAGGGUAUUAUACAAAAAAAGUAUGACCUUGAGGCAGAGGAUGAGUCUCAACUAAAGGACAUAAUAAAGAAGAUCGAAUGGGUACGCAAGUCAUACGAUCGUUCGUUGGCCAAUCAAAACGAAUAA